AAAGAACGUGGAAUUAUCUCUUUUGCCCCACGGGUACCUUUUGAGGAUUAGUCCGUAGUACUCUUGAACAACAUGUCAGCUUCCGCACCGUCGCCCUUAGCCAGCUCCCUAGAGAAGACAAAUGGAUCCAAGUUGAGCAGACUUCUCAUCGAUGGUGGAACAACAGUAUUGAGGACCAUCUUUGAUGGCUAUCACCCACCGGCAAAGCUGUCUGCUGGACUGACCGCCCACUCUUGCAUCCUGAAUGCUCUUCUUAAGAAAAGGGUUCUGCGUGCAGCUCAGUGGGACAAACUAUUCCCACCUGGCGGAGCAGCACCAGACUCUAAGACGUUUGAUAUCACUCUCCUAUUUCUCCUUCUCACCAACAUUUGCGGGCUAUCCCCUCCUCCUCUCUCAGGGUGGCAUGCAAAGCCAUCUCCAGGUGAUAACUCUUUGGAAGCAAAUCUCGCUCGUGUGAAGUUCUUCCGCAAUGAGUUGUACGGUCACGUUUCUAGCACUGGCAUUGACACGCCCACUUUCUCCUCACUAUGGAAAGAAAUUAGCGCUGUUCUUGUUGCUCUUGGGCUCGAUCAAACAGAAAUCGAUAAACUGAAAGAUGAAAAGUGUGGCGCGGAAGAUUAUCUUGACGUUUUACUUGAAUGGGCUAAAAGUGAAGAAGAACUCAAAUCUCAUUUGGCCGACCUGCGUGGAUCUCACGGCGCAACACAGCGUAGCAUUAACGAGGUACGUGAUACCCAACUAGAAGAUCACAAAACGCUUCAAGAUAGCAAGUCAAUGCUACGAGAAGUGCAUCGAUCUCAGAGCACAACACAGCGUAGUAUUGAAGAUGUACGUCAAACCCAACUAGAAGAUCACAAAAUGCUUCAAGAUAGCAAGUCAGUGCUAGGAGAAGUGCAUCAGACCCAGACGAAAAUACAAAGCACCAUUCAGGGCGCAGCUAGAAGCCAGGACGAGCGUUUUGAAAGUUUGCAAACAGGUCUACAGGAAGUGAAGCUAGCCGUUGGAGAAUUGAACAGAGGAAGAAACUCAGGCAGCCAAGGAGAUGAGGUCCUGAGGAACCUCGUUAAGUCUGAAUUCAAAGGAGACAUCGAGUUUCACGUCCAACGUUUUCAAGAAGACACCCGUGGGUGGGUGUUUAGCAAAGUCGAAAACUGGUUAGACGACAGAAACUCUCAAAACCGGGUGAUGGUUAUAUGCGGAAACGCAGGAAUGGGGAAAUCUGUCAUUUCUGCCGCUGUUUGCAAGAAAAUGCAAGUGGCUGGCCGUCUAUGUGGAAGUCACUUCAUUCAACAUAACAACGUCCGUUACCGGAAGCCUCAGUUAAUGCUUCAAUCCUUGGCCUGUCAUAUGUGCCAUGCUCUGCCAGUGUUUAAGCUAGCUCUCGUGGAACAGUUGACAAGAAACACGGGUAAGGAUCUCAACGAUAUGGGAGUUGAGGAAUUAUUCGCCCUUCUCUUUAAAGAGCCUCUCAGCAGCGUAGAGGACCCUGGAAGGAACAUGCUAAUAGUUAUAGAUGGCCUGGAUGAAAGUGACUAUCACGAUCGCAAUGAGUUACUAGAGGUCAUU